AUGCAAGCAGAGAUUGAUAAACAACUGAAGCAACAUGUUGUACCAGGGUACGGUGGGAUUUCCCAAGAGAUGUUAAUUUCAGCUCCAGCACAAGGUUUACCACCAUGGCGGCCGAUCACGGUCCAAGCUGCCUUCGCCAACCGACUCUUUCUUGUAAUAAAGCAGUUUGUCGAUGGUGGCAUACCACUCAGUCUUCUGCAACACGGAUUCUGGUCGGACAUGUCUCUACUCCUACUAGUAUCUAAAGAUUGUCUUAAGUGCUAUGGCUGUAUCCCCGCGUGGAGAACAUCAUUCGGAUGGAUUGCCACAGGGGAGCGUGAACUCGGCAUUGGUCAGGGCUCGGUCCUCGCUAUUCUACACAUCGGAGUGUACAUGGACUGCCUACAAGAGCAGCUCGAGAAAUGCGUAGACCCUGUCGUGAUCAGACAUAGUCAGAAAGACCACGGGAUUAACAUUGCCAGCACCAUGUUUGUGGACGAUCAACUGGACGCAUCAUAUAAUGGACUGGUGAAUCGUGCGAGGGUCACCAAUAUGUUUACUGGUAAAUAUGCCACAGGAGCAUUACCCAGCGGUGCACUUAAAUGA